AUGACUCGGAUUUGCCCAAAAACCGCACCAAAGGGGGCAGAGGCGCGCUUCCGAGUGCCAAACUUCACUCGCUCCCUCGAGUACACCACGAACGACUCUGCACUCGUAAGCGUCGCAGGAGGCCUGCACAACGCCGGGGACCAUGAAAAUUACCUGCGGCGCUCCGCCAACUGGCGCAACAUCUUCAACCCGAACCUGCACACGCUCGGCUACAGCUGUUUCGCAUGGCCACGCAACGCUAGCGGCAAGCUCGUCCCAUACUGGAGUGAUUAUGCGUACAAGGCGACGCUCUGGGGAGUACAGAAUCGCAAGCUCGACAACACGUUCGAAAAGGGCCGCGUCAACAUCGGCAACGAGCCGUCCUUCUUGGCCUCCUUCACAUACAAUUAUAAUGUCUCGCAAAACCACACGAGCAAUGUCAACGGCCACCCUGGCAAAACGGACGCCAGCGUGCUCCCUGCUGAGCUGCUCUGGCAGUUCUUGGGUCUCUACCCCUACGUGCCGUCGCCCAUUUACCUGAUCGUAGCUCCGCACACGUCCGAGAUGCGCGUGUACCUCACGAGAGCGGACUACGGCGCGCCUCUGCAGCUCGUCAAGACGUUAUGCCUGACCAAGACGAGCUCAAGGCCGCCCCCGCCGAACAGCUUGACGAACGGCACGGCGUUUGGCAGCAUGGCAGCUAUUAUGAAUACGAGAUAG